GAAUUACUUCCGGUAUCUUAAUAUUCGGUUGAAAACAGAUCGCCCAUUGUAAUAGAUUGAGUGACCUCAUCACCGAGAUUGAAAAUGGUAUUCAACAGAGUAAAGAAUUUUAUAUCAUACUGGUAUUUACAGUAUCUACUUGCAACAUCUGUAUAUAUGCUGGAGCCUAUAGAGAGAAGAAUAUUCAAUUGCUGCUUGAUUAUUGUGCUGGCAAUGUUCAUGUAUACCAGUUACGUCUUUUUACCAGACCAUGCUAGAAUGAUUGUCUAUUUCAUCAAUUCGUACAUACUUGGAAAAAAUCAACCAGAGAUUGUUGAUGGAGUGUGAAUAAAGAAAAGCACACGUACAAUUGAAAAGAGUUACUAGUACAUGUACAUGGAUGGGAAAAACAUUGAGAAGAAUGAAUCCUAGAUAGCGAAGGGUGGAGUUUAAAAAACAUAAUCACUUUAGUCACUUAGAAUUUAAUAUUACAUGCAGAGAUUAUCAAAGAGAGACUAAUAUUACUUUUAGUUUAUCAAAAUGCCACUUUUUUUUAAAGUUGAUUGCUUUGAUUGGUAAAUAUGGUAGACUGUGUGCAUGUAUUUGAUUGUUAUUUUACUUGAGUACUUGAUUUGUUUUGAAUGAAUUUUUAGACACUGUACAGCUUCAUGUGAGAACCAAAGCUAAUUGUUUAUUAUCAAAGACAAUCGAAGUGUAAGAAAAUUUCUUGAAAAUAUAACUCUUUGCUGGGAGGCCAAAAAAAACCAAAAACCAAGAAGUAAUAUUAUGAUCCGUAGUCUUGAAAAAUCACCCUCCCUUAUAUUGUCUACAAAAACCCAUUUUUGAGCCAGUAUCUUUAAAUUUCUUAUCCUAGAGAGAUUCAAUUUGGCUUUGAUAUUAAGACUAAUGCAGACACCAAAUUUAGAGACAGUCCCUCAUAAUAUUUUUCUACAAACAUGGUGUUGCUUGUCAAUUUAACAAUUUAUAGACAAACUCAUUUGUCAACCAAUUUCACAUUGAGUGAUUUUCUAUUGUGCUGGAUUUUCAAUUGUUUCUUGUGAUGGACUUGAGUCAGAUUUUGUGAAGGCAGCCUUGCCAAGUCGGAUCCUACUGAAUUUUUUGUUAACUGAUAUUUUGUGAAAUUGUUAAUAGCAAGUAGAUUUAAGAUUUGUCUUCAUUGCAGCAAAUGCUCUAAUUUGCCAACAAUGUUAUUAUAUAUUCAUUUAUGUACUGAAAAUACUGUCUAAAAUACUGACCAGUAUAAUGAUUGCAAUUUUUUUUUUUUAAUUUAAUAUUUUUACUUUAUGUUGUUAUAUAGCUAGGAUAUGCUUUGUAUUGUAUGUAGUUAAGGGGGGAAAUUCCCUAAAGUAUGCCAUAUAAACCCAGAAGUUCAAAUGUAUAAAAACUGUGUUUAUCGAAAUGUACAGUUAUGUGUUGUGUGAACAUUUGAAUGACCUACAUAAUAAUUAUAUAUUUAUGAUCACUCCCUAGGAAAAAUAGUUUACGCAUAUUAUCAUACAUAAAUAUACUUGCAUUGGAAUUUACACAGUUUAUGUAUAUGAUUUAAAAAUGCAAAUUUAAAGUUGGAGAGCACUGAUUUCUUGCCAGUAAAAGUGUUAUUACCUUU